AUGCAUCCAGUGCGUUGGUUCCUUGCGCUUCUCCUGACAGCUGGCACCCUGGAGCUCUGUAGCGGCGGACCUCUCCAUGCCCAGUGCAAAGUAGAAUGGUACUUUGGGAUACCGUGCCAAGAGGUUUAUGAAUCCCUGGUGUCACAGAUCAAGAAGUGGAGAACGAUGGCCGACUGCACCAUGGGAGGACAGAGAUGCCUAUAUACGCUGCAGUCUGCCUCCAUCCACUUUAUAGCAGCCAAACACACCACUCCCUUUAAGAAGUAUGUGGACGACAUCAACUUCAGGCUGGCCUCCUAUCACUUCUUCACUUGCUGUCACGUUUCGGCCAUGUCCGUCUCGGAGACCUGGUAUGCCAUUAAAGACCACGGCACCAACUACUGCAACCUCUACAACCUUAUAGAAGGAAGUGGUCUAACAGAAGCCAAAGGUUAUAGAGAGGUCACCAGUGACUUCCUGUGUACCCAACGCUCCUCUGCUAACUGCACCGUCUACUGACUCAGUAUUUAUGUAUAGUAUACCAAGAGUCAUCACUUACAGUUUUGAUUGUCUUUUAAUGGCUGGAAAAAAAAACAUGACAUUAUCUGUUUGCUACAGAUGUACAGUCUGUUUUCUUUAUGCAACAAAUACAUAUUGAAUACACUGAAAUAUUAUCCAGUGUAGUCUGAACAGUUAUAUUCUCACUAUAUAUCACUCUCUAAUUUAUACAGCUACAUUUGGAUUGCUGUUUUUUAUUUUAUUUUACUGGUUUUAUUUUACUUCAAACCAUAU